AUGAGCAUUGUUGUAGUUCAUGAUAAGGGAUGGAUUAUUUCCCACCUUGAAUAUCUGAAUAAAAUUUAUAACAACGUAUAUAAUGACAAUGAAUUAUUGGAAUUAGAAUUUAACGAAAAAGUAUUUGAUAUUAAUUCACCAUUCUUACGCAAUAACCAAAUACCAAAAAUGAAUGAAGAUAAAUCUAUAACGAACAAAAAAAAAACUAAAAAAAGAAAAACUAGCCAUGAUUCUGUUUCAAUUGAAAAAUUGGAUGAAAUAAAAUUUAUUCAAGAGACUGCUGAUGAAAUAUUAGCUGGUGUUGCGGAAAAACAGAUAUUUAAUAAAAUAGUUGAACAUGAUUAUAAUAAACGAGCUCGUGAUGCAUCUCAAGAAUUUUAUGAUAUCGAGUACAACAUAUCGGAUCAUUUUUAUGGGUGCAAUCAAUCGGAUAAUCCUAUUAUUACAACUGUACAUUCAAACCAAUAUGUAUUUCCAAGUAAUUCUCAUUUUUAUUCUUAUGACGUAAAAGAUAUUGAUAAAAAAUUGGAAAUGAAUAAUCAAUUUGAUUUUAUUCUUAUGGAUCCACCCUGGUGGAAUAAAUUCAUACGGAGAAAUAAAAACAAAAGUUAUAAAAUGAUGUUUAAUGAAGAGUUAACUAAAAUUCCCAUCAAUAAAUUACUAAAUUCCAGUGGUAUUAUCGCAAUCUGGUGUACUAAUUCUCAAAGUCAUUAUAAUUAUAUAUUUGAUGUUAUAUUCCCAUUGUGGGGAAUCAAAUAUAUCGCUAAAUGGUAUUGGAUCAAAGUAACUAAAUCAGGAGAAACAAUUUGUGAUUUCAAUAAUUCAUCAGUAAAACAACCAUUUGAACUAUUAAUUUUCGGUAGUUUAAAUCAAAGCGCAAUACCUCAAAUACCAGAUAAAAAAUUAAUUAUUAGCGUACCUAGUGCUAUACAUUCUCACAAACCUCCUCUGAUAGACGUGUUAAAAACUUAUCUACCUCCAAAUCCUAAUUGUUUGGAAAUAUUUGCCAGAUACUUGUUACCCGGAUGGACAAGUUGGGGAUUAGAAGUAUUAAAAUUUCAAAAUUUGUCAUUCUAUAACAUAAAUAAAUCCAAUAAAUGCUUGGAAAGUUGA